UAAAGCAUUCUUUUUUGUUUCAAGUUUUGUAUCGAGUAAGGCGUCUGUUGUCUGUCCAACCAAUCGAACAUUGUGACGUGACAAGUUCGAUUCGUCAUCCGGUCGCAAGCGACCCCGUUUCUUCUGGCAGUCACCUAGUUUUGAACGGUCUGAGUCUUUCGUUUUUUGUUUCAGGAAGUCGUCUGCCGCAUGAGUACAGUUGAUUUGGGAACGCUGGGUGACUGACGAUGCCAAGCGAGCAUUGUGUAGGUUUCCGGCAAGACCAGACACAUUGACUAGUAGCAUUUUUUUUGUUUAGCCGAAAGAGCUUCCACCGCGUCGGAUCUUCCUGCUGACUGUUGUAGCACUGCGUGGUGCGAUCAAUUGGAUUCAGUUUCUCCGCUACACGCAGAAAAGCUCCACGAUGCUUCCGUAGUUUUGGUAGGCAGAUAACUGCGGACCAGACGUGAGCCAAGUUGAUACGAGUCGGAAUCUGUUGGCAGGUUUCCAGGUUUUGUUGCAGUAGAGAGUAGACGCUCUAUUUCUUUCCGAUUUACGGUCGUAGUUUGAUUGUCAUAUAACUCGUAGUAGAUCGAUACAACUUAUUGAUUCUUCGGAGACAGUUAAGCAAUUUCCCUUCUAAAUUUUCAGGAUGAAAAAUCUAAUAUUCUUUAAAAAAAAGACUUUCAGCUCCAGCUAAUACUUUUGCGUUGUACAACUACUUAAUGCAUUUCGUUUUUUUAUUUCGUUUGAUUUUUAAAACAUAUUUGGCUUAGAAGGCUUUUUUUACGCGUCUUCUGUUUCCCUAAACAAUCGACAUCGUGAUCGAUCCAUCGUUAUUUUUUAAAACUUAUGAUUGUUAUUGUCAUUUUUACAAUCAAAUUAGUUUUGAGAUAAUUUUAUUUAAUUUUCUUGUUUACAUCUGGAAAGGGUUUUCAAAACUGACUUCGCCAGUUCGCCUCAUUUGCAGCUUUUCCAUCUUACUAUCCGGAAUUCAGCUUGUUUACAAUAUAACUUCCCCUAGUGACUGUUAUUUUACUUGUUUGUUAAUCGUUGCUUCGUAUCGGCCUUAACUGUUCAUUCCUUUUGUGCGCUUUUGCAACACAAAAAGAAACAAUGGGAAAAUGCAAGGAUAUGCUAGGCCAUAUAAACAAGAGUACAAUAAUGUAGCAAAGCCAAUAAAAUUCGAUGAGGAAAACGGUACUGGCUGGUCCCAGCAUGAAGGCAAGGAAUGAACUUAUACCAAGAUUGAAAUCACAAAUCAGCAAACGUGUAUAGAAGCGGUGGUAAUGUUGCUUGUAGGAAAAAGUGUUGUAUAUCGGUAAUUGAACACGGUUACGAUCGAAUGCGGAAUUCGGAGAAAAGUAUCGUCGAUUGCCGCUCAGUAUUACGUUCUUUUACAUAUUGUUCUCGGGUCACAAUAGCGUUAAACAACAGAUGGUCAAUUUAAGAACCAAAAAACCUCGAAUGCAAAGUUAUUCUUUUUUUUUCCAACCCGUUACUUAUUAUUUUAUCCCAUUCGUAAGGAAUCACAGCAGCAACGGUUCAUUACUUUCUAUCUCACUGAGCGCAAACUUGCGCAGGAUUUAAACCCAAUUACCACACAACACACAGUCAUCGCAUUCAUGGAAAAGCUGUUUAAAAAAACGAACGGAAUAUACCUUGAUCACAAACGACGACGGCGGAAUCAAAUUCAUUUCGUUAUCGUCUUCCUUGACAAACAGUGCGGAUGUCUACGAGUUGCCGUUGUGGUGCGAAUCAAAGGAAUUAAAGUGUCUGGCUCAAUUAUCGAUUACAAACCAUUUUUGCAAUGGCGAUGCUAUUCCUACGGCCAUUGAUUGUGUUUAUCAUAAUAUUCGUAUUCUUGAUGUGCUGGAAUCUAGAUCUGAUAUCGGCGGCGACGUUGGCCAGAACAAGAUCGCAAAACGAGACGACUAACAAGACGCAUUCGCCCUUCCAGUCAAUCCGUCCUUUCGUACCUACACCGAAAUUGUUUUUAAACGUCCGUGAAUCACAAGAUGAACUGUCCUCAUCUGACCAACACGUAAGUGAUUCCACUCAACAGUCUAUUGUACGGUCGAUGGAUUCACUUGUGUUAGACCAACAACUCCAUCAGCAAUAUCAACACGGGAAACCUUCAGUUAUGGACGUUAAUCUCAUUAUUGACGAUCCGUCCCAACUGACAGUGUCUACGGAAUCGCCACCGAUGACGACCAUAACUGACGACCAUUAUUACGCAACUACUCAGAGGAGCAAUUAUAAAAAGCGAUCAAUUUUGGAUCCACCGAACAUGCCCUCCCGAUAUGAGUCCGGCCAAGAUGAGGAACAAAAUGACGACUAUGAAUCUGUCUGGUCACCGGAUGGUGAAGAGGAGGAAGAAGAAGACUACGGUGUGGAAUACGAUUUACCUGAUUUCAGUCAGCCUAACCAUCAGUUGAUAGUCGAUCUUUCAAUGGAACCCUCCACUAAUGGAUUUAACCAAAACGAUCCCAACAGUCAAGUCGAAGAAGACGAAGAAGAAGCGGAUGAAGAUGACGUCAUUCUUGUCGUUGGACAAUUGACGACGUUAAAACCCACCACCAACAGCUUCGAAAAAGAAACAUUUUCAACAGAGCAUACCACACAGUCGAAUGUGGAACAACAAAUAAGUCCCACGCAGGUUAUUGGAUUGAACGAAUGGCCCGUGCAAAUCGGACUGCAAGCGCGAACCAAGCAACCCAGUACGGUUAUUAAACUGGCAGACUCCCAAAUGGGUAACGAGAACGGACGACAAACUUUCCUUGAAGCGCAAAAGUUAAAUGGCCAACAAUGGGAAAAUCGAAGCGUAGGGAGCAGUAAUUUUCAAGUCAAUUCUGAACGUUUGGACAUCAGCAAAAGUGGCGGAAGUAUUGUGGAGUCACGCGACGAUUCCGCCGAACCUUACUUCAUCCAUUCGCAGUUCAUGAACUCACCCGUGGCAAAUUCUUACAUGGCUAGCAGACAAAUGAAUAAGACGAAACCACCGGAAAUCAGUCUCGAUUCACUGGAAAUCGUUGAUGGCAUGACGAAUCAUUAUGGGAACCCGAGACAAACUAAGCCAACAACUGUAAGUUCAACUGCAUCUGUACCCGAAAUAUUGCAUGAUUGGUCUGAUAGCUCUGAGGAGGAAAAGGACCAGAAACCGACUACUACAGCGGAACCGGACGAACCAUUUUAUUACUUAAACUCCGAGGAGGAAACAGAUCAGUAUUUUGAUUACCCCGAGGAAAAUGAAGACGAUGCAAAAUCUAUUAUUCGGAUCACCCAGAAUGCAGAAAUAAUCAAUAGCGAUUCGGCAACAGACCCUAGACGACCAUUAACUACCAAUAUGGGCCGGCCACCAUAUUUCGUGAAUUCAGCGCAGCUUGAGCCAUUUCAUCCGAAGAUUGCUCUUAGUGACGAAAUUGGACAAAUUCUAAAUCCAAUUGGUGUCAUAGAUAGAAGAAUGGACCUACACACUAACGGAAUUAAUUUCGGCGAUACUCCAGACCUUAUUGAUGGAUCGGCGUUUAUUAUUCCGUUUCCAGAUGACCCUGUUAUUCCCUUUCGGCCUAGUCUGAAUUUUAAUUUGCAACAACAGCAGCAGCAAACGCCAACAAUUUUUCCGCUUGAAAGGACAGAAAAUUUUCAGGAAAAUAAUAAUUUUGCAGUUACUUCUAACCGCGUUCAACCUUUUGUCCAACAGCCUAAAGUCAUAACCGGACCUAAUUCCGUUUCUCCUAGUACUAAUAAAGCUGAGGCACCGUAUGCUUACGUCACGCAAGAAGAAAUUAUUUCCCAGCAUCCAACAGAAAUGAAAAAUUCCAUUCAAGAACGAUCGUCUUAUUCUGCUAUGGCGAGCUCGUCUAGGCUAACGUCAGUACCUUCCCAGUCAGGGAAAUCCGAAGGAGUUCUAAGAAUCCCAACGGGCGAUGAUAAUGGCGUCACGUUCACACCUAUUCCCACUCGACCCUUUGCCCAAUCACCUCAUGUAACAUGGGCUACUACCAAGGCUAGAUAUGGGCCUUACUUUGUUAGCUCUGCACCAACAAAUCAACAACACUCCGGUAAUUAUAACACGGAACAAGGAAUAAGGAAACAGGCGAUUGAAACAAUUAAGAAUCCAACCGGAAUUAUUAGCGAUAAGGAAAUAGAAAAAUCAAAAUCCACAUCUGUUAACCGAGGCCGGCCGCCGUAUUUCGUGACGAGUUCAACACCAACGCCCUUGUUCCAACCAACUCAAUUGAAAGAAUCCACCAGAAAACCGACCGACAUUAUCAAGACUCCAGUGAACGAACAAACUGUUACAAAUAAUCAAGUUACGACGCCGAGGCUUCGUCCAGAGGAAACGAAGAAAAGUUUUAACUUUGUAACUUCUGGUCCCAUUCAAACGUCUCCCCGUCCGCAACCCCCGCACCCAACCAUAUCUCGACCCAUUGAAUUAAUGGAUAGUUCUUCAGAAUCGGACGAAAUGGAACAAAUACUGGACAUUGGCCUGAUUGAGUCUGUUGGAGCAAUUCCAAAUCCAAUUGGAAUCAGUAAUACAAAAAACGUAGUCGUCGUCCCCAAACAUAUUAUUUCCGGCAUCGUCCAAGCGCCGAGCUCUACAUUUAAGGCUGACCUUAAACAAAUACCAUUACCAUCUAAAUUGAAUAAGAUUAGUAUUGAGCAGCCCACGAUUACGACAAUGAUAGUGAAUCACGGAAUGGGUAGCUUUGUCGUUACGAGUCCUGUCCCAUUUUCUGCCCAGCAAAUGGUAACGGAUCCUUCCAAGGAUUCCGCCGCUAUCACAGUAGCAUCCGUCAAACCACCUAAUGUUAUCAACUCCUAUGAAUCGGAGAAUACGAGCUAUGAGUUCGAAAAAAAUUAUACGGGAGCAGAAAUGGAAAAAACUACGGGAAUAGUUCAAAAUCCCAUAGGAAUCAGUAAUAAAAAUAAUGUUUUUGUCGUCCCAAAAUCAGCUAGCAGCAUCAUCCGUCCGCCGAUUCUUCCAAAAUCUUUUCCUGUCGACCUCUUAAUAAUGAAAAGGCACGGCCUUGUGAACGACAAAGAGCAAGAAAUGCUUCGACCGUUUGGAAGAGUAGUGAACCAUCAAAUGGGCAGCUUUGUCGUCACUACAAAUCCAAUUAAUCAAUCCUUCACCGACCCAGCGAACUUAAUUCAACCCGAUACUACAACGACUGCGUCAAUUGAAUCGCCUUUCUUUAUUGGCUCAGUAGAGCCGGUUCAGCAAAUCAGUAUUAACAAUCCAGAAGAAAAAACGACGAGUAAACCCAUUGGCCGGGUCAUUCAAAAACCAAUAAAAAUCGGGAAUUCAAAAACUGUCGUUAGAUCGCCACCACGCACAUCUUCUGUUAGUCCGGGACGACCACCAUACUUCGCUAAGGGUACAACGGCGGAACCCUUCCAGCCAGUUUACCUCAAUCAACAUUCGAUGAGCAAGCUUGUUGAGGAAAUUUCCAAGUUGCAAAGAGGCUCGGACAAUGGAAAUUCGAAAGGGAACCCAUCAGUGGGUUUAGACGUCGUCCAACCGUCGCUCAAUGGGUCUCCUACCGGACGAUUCAUGAAGCCCACUUUGAGUAGAAUUAAUAAUCAACAGCAGCGGGCGCAGAAGACGAGUCUUCGUCGUCCAAGUGGAAAGGCUGGAAGUCCAAGUAACUUACUGAGUUUGAUUAGUAUGAGCCAGAAUAUUACUAGACAACCAGAUGCGAACUUAUCGCCCGACAACAAAACGCCGAAAAAUCCUGCAACAAAGUCAUCAAAUCGUAAAACGUAAUAAGACAACGAAGCCGGAGUUGAUUGUUGAAAACGACAGCACAGUUUGAAGCAUUCCACAAGCUAAAGGGUAAAUUGUAUUUGUUUUUGUUAUAAAUGGAUUCGUUUCAAUAAGACUCCGAACGAGGCUUCAAAGUCUAAAAACAAACAAGAAACAAUUAAAAUGGUUUGAAAUGUUAUUAUUAUUCAACUAUAUUGUAUGGUGAAAUUGUUAGUCAUUAGAGAGGAUGAAUAAUACAUGGACGUUAUUGCUUCAAAUUUAACUGAAUAUAAUCUGGGACUAAGUAUAUACCUACUUUAAAAAUCCAGUUUACUGUGCAAUGUAGACGGUAUAAAAUAAAGACUAGACAGUAGACAGGAACACAAGACAUAGCCAAAUUAGAAUUUUUUCAGUUUCGCGCUUUUACGAUAUUUAAACCAUUAGUUUAUGGAGUAGCGGGGUUACCACUUCUCCGUGAAUACAUAAAUCAGAAAUCAAUUUCAAUCUUAAUUUUUCUACGAUUAUGCCAAAC